UGUUGUCAUGUGCUCUAUGUUGUCAAGAGUAAUUAUAGUGUUUAGUUCAUUAGCAGACCCAUAAUUUUAUGUUUACCGGCAACAUAGAGACCAUGGUGUUCUGAGGAAAUAGAGCCGAUGGAACAAUCAUUUGUGAAAUGUGUUAGAAUGCAACUAAGCAAGUGGACGGAAGUAGAAGAUGUGUGAAAGCUAAUGAAUUGAAGUGUGCCCACGGGCCCAAAGACAAGUUGGGAUGGAAUUGGAACAAGAGUGGGCACUGUCCAAUCACUCAAUGCAUAAAAGACAAAAGAAAUAAAGAGACACCACUAUAUCUUUCUGUUUUGCUACAAUCCCAAUAUUGAUUUUUUUCUUUGCUAGAUUUGUUCCACACACACAACACCCUGUUUAUAAGGAGACCCAUUCACUAUGAUAUAGUCAACAUUUGCAUGCAGGGGCGAAUCCAAGAGUGAAUUUUACUGGGUUCGCUAAUUUUUAUAAAUAUUAUGGAUGCAUGUGUUGUGAAUAACAUUUUCAUGUAAAAAAUCUCAAUCAACCUUUUCAUUUAACUUGUUGUUUGUUUAAUUAUUAUAUGACAAGUUAUUAUGCAGACUUGCGUUUUUGCAUCGGUCAUCUUUAAAGUUAGAUCCAUAUUCAUCAAAUUCAACUACCAAACAUUACCUAACAAACAUACAUAGCAACAAUUCUUUUAACAUUUAACUUUAUUCAUCUUCUUCCUCCUCUUCAACAUGUAUAACAACAAUUUAACCAAACAAAACAGCUUAUUGUAUUCCGCACGAGUUACUGGUAACAACAACCCACACGGUAUCAAAGAAAAUGUUUUCACCUUUUGAGAAAGAAAAAGAAAAAGAAAAGUUGGAUAGAAAAGGGACAAGAAAGCAAAGACUUUAAAGUCACAUGUAAAAUUUCAGAAAAACACAAAUAAAUGUACACAUCAAAUAUAAAAGGUAAAGCCGGGGGAAUGAACGUAUGGGCUCCAUGCAACAUUAUCAAAUGCCUUCUGCAUCUCAAUUAUUUUUAUUUUAUUUUCUAUUUAUAUAUCGUAUGUACUCAACUCUGCGAUUCAAUUAUUAAAUGUUCAUGAAAACCUUUCUGAAAAACUCUGACGGGGGAGAUAAAAAAAUUAAUGUUUUUACACUUUAAAAUAUGCAGUUUGUAUUGUUCUUGUUGUCCUGAGAAAUAUUAAGAAUUAACUAAAGUGAUGUAGUCUAAUAGAAGGUGACCUUUGGGUUGAUAAAUAAUUUGGAUGGUUCAAAUGUAUUUUAUUAUGUGGCUAAAUAUAUACGAAUCCAUUGUUUACAACUUAUUUGCAUACUUCGAGAAUGGGUGUAUCCUGCACUUUUUUAUAGAUCAGUUGGGGUAUUUCCAUCUUCAAAUUGAGAAGAAAUAAGAAUUGAGAAAAAUGAUACAUAUUCAUAUUAUGUAUAUUUUACUGGGGUCAAUUUGAUAACUUGUAUAUUUGAAAGGGGUCAACAAACCAAUUACAACAUAUUUUCUCUAGAAAAUACAAGUAAUUUUUUUUUAAACAGGAAUCCACAUGGAUCACUUGACCCCCGUGGUAUAACCGUAGUUCCGCCACUAAAUCAUAAACUAAAACUAUAUAAAUAAAUAAAAACUUCAAAAAGUUUAUAGGGUUUACCACAUCACAAUAAAGAACGCAUAAUAAAUAAUACGUAGACGUGAAUACCAACGCCUAUUACGGCUACACCUUUACGAACACUAUUGUUGUAAAAACAUAUAUAGUUCUUUACAAAAUGUAUUUAACUUUAGGGAGAAUUCGUCAACUAACCAAAUUUUUAUUGGAAAUAAAGGAUAUAGCAAUAAUUUUGAAAUAAUUAAGUUCAUAACAAAUUUUUACGAAUUUCAUCUGGUUUUACCGUUUUACUUUCUAAGUUAUCGGUUACAGAAAGAGAAAAAAAAACUGAUGUCAUCGACGAUUUAGAACAUGUGGACAAGAUGAAAAUGCACUGUGAUCAUAUUAAACAUAUAACAUAAUGGCACUUAACUAAUCACCACAUACAAAAGCUCAAUUUUUUAAACAAAAUACAAAGGAACAACCGAACAAACAUCAACCCACAUUUUCUAUAAACUAAAUCCAAAACACUAAUCACUAAAUCAUAUAAAGAAAUAUAAACCUAACCUAAAUAUCAAAAUAUGCGAUUAACAUUAUCAAAAUAGAAUACUAACAACCAAAAUAACAUAGUACAUAUUGUUCAAAUUUUGAAAUGUCUAUGAUUACAGAGAAUGAGGUGAUGCUUACCCCAAUGUUAACACAAACCUUCCAUAAACUAAACCCCAAACACUAAUCACUAAACUCUAAAAGAGAAUAUAAAUCCUAACCCAAAUAUUAAAAUACACAUAUAGUACAUAACCAUUAUCAAAAUAGAAUAGUUACAAACGCGAUAGCAUAUUGCAUAUUGUUCAAAUUUUGAAAUGUCUAUGAUUAUAGGGAAAAAUGUAAUGCUUACACCUCAACGUCAACCAAACCUUUAAUAAACUAAACCCAAAACAUUAAUCACUAAACCCUAAAAAAAAAUAUAAACUCUAACCCAAAUAUCAAAAUAUGCACAUGAUACGUAAUAAGAAGCAUUAUUGAAAUAUAAUAGUAACAACCGAAAUAUCAUAGUACAGAUUAUUCAAAUAGUAUAGUACAACCGGAAACAUACAGUACAAACACGUGGUGGUAGUGGUUACAGCGGAAGAGGCGGUGACAGAUAUCAAAGAGAUGGUGGUUGUUUUGAAGGAUAUGAUGGCAAAAAUAUGAAAACGAAAAUUAUAGAUUUAGGUACAAAAAAAAUUUGUGACGGUGGUAGUUACAGCAGUGGCGGCGGUUAUCGGAACGGUGGCGGUUACCAGAACAGCGACUGUGAUUACCAAGUAACCGGUGGUCAUGGUUUUGGAGAAAAUUGUGAUGGCUGAUAUAGAAAAGCAUUAUAUAGCGGUCAUGGUGAUUAUGAUAAUGGUCAUGGUGAUGAUACGUUGAUGAAAGAAGAUGUGAUAUAUGUGGAUAUAGAAAAAAUAAUAUUAAUUAGGAGAGAAACACUUACCGGAAGAAAAUAAAGUAAGAAAACAAAUAGAUAAAUAAUAAGGGCAAUAUAGUAUAUAUUGUAGAAAUGUUAGAAGCUUUUUAUUUUUUAGUUAAAUUCUUAAUUAUAAUUGUUUUCAAGGCUACUGGAUGCAAUUUUCCUUAACUUUAUCCAAUCAGGAAAAAUAUAUUCUCUCCGUUUUUUAAUAUAAGUCGCUUUAGAAUUAUGUAUAUAGAUUAAAAAAUCAUUAAUUUUUUAUAUUUUCUAAACAAAAACAUCAUAAAUUAUUUACCUAACCACAAAUCAACCAAUAAUAAAAUAGAAGAUAUAUUAUCAUUAGUCAUAUAACUGUUAAUAAAUUUUCCAUAAAAAACCGAAAACGUCAUAUAAUUUGGAACAUAAAUUUUUUUUAAAAAUAAUUUAUAUUAAAAAACGGAAGGAGCAUGUGUUUUGCUAAAUGUGCCAUUGUGCCCCUAGAAAAAGGUCGUUGAACUAUUGAAAAAAGAACUAUUGAAAGAAAAAAACAUAGGUCUAACUGGCAGAGACUUUAGAAUCCCACAUGUGUUUCCACCAGACCAUUAAUUACAUCUCUCCAACAUUUGAGUUUGCCAUAUUGGUUUAGGCACAACUCUCUCUCUCUCCUUCAGUACAUCUCUUAUUCUUCUGCUUUUCUUUACCAAUCCUAUCUCUUCUCUCUGGUUUUUAUUUUCUUUACAUCUGGAUUCACCCAUUUUUGGUAAACACAAAGAGUACCAGUCAUCGUAGAUUCUCCUUCCUCCUCUUCUUAGCUCCCACGUCAACUACUUCCAGCUUCUGUCGGCUGUUUCUUCCCAGAUCUCAACCAAUCUUUGACCGUACCUCGAGGAUGCUGAUUGGAGCGGGUGAAAGAGAAGGAGAGGGAUUGUACCGUUUUCGAGGGAUUGAGUCAUUGACAUCGUUCCAGACUACUGUUUCAGAAGAUCCAGUUCUAUGGCACCGGCGUCUAGGGCAUCCGUCUUCUCACAUUACGGCUAUGAUUCCUGCAUUAGAAAGUUCAUCAUCUAAACACGAUGAACAUAUUAUCAAGUCUUGUGAUAUUUGUUUUAGAGCUAAACAGACCCGUCAGAGUUUUUCAGAUAGUAGUCAUAAUGCAAAAGAGAUUUUUGAUUUAAUCCAUUGUGAUCUUUGGGGACCAUAUCGGACAACAGCACUUUGUGGUUCUCGUUAUUUUCUUACUAUCAUUGACGAUCAUUCUCGAGCAGUAUGGUUGUACCUUCUGCCCGACAAAACUAUGGUGGCACAACAACUUAAAGACUUUAUGGCUUUAAUUGAGAGACAGUUCUCAAAGAAGGUUAAGACACUACGGAGUGACAACGGGACGGAAUUUAUGUGUCUUACAAAAUACUUCAAAGAACAAGGGAUCGUUCAUGAGACCUCCUGCGUGCAUACACCUCAACAAAACGGACGUGCUGAGCGUAAGCAUCGGCACAUUCUCAAUGUAGCACGAGCUCUUCGGUUCCAAGCAAAUUUGCCGAUUGAUCUUUGGGGAGAAUGUGUUCUAGCCUCUGCUCAUCUAAUUAAUCGCACACCAUCUUCUCUACUCAAGAAUAAAACACCGUUCGAGAUUCUUCAUGGCCAGCCACCAUCACUGUCUCAUCUCCGUGUGAUAGGAUGUUUAGCAUACGCUCAUAACAAAAACACGAAGGGUGAUAAAUUCGCAUCAAGAAGUCGGAAGUGCAUUCUUCUGGGAUUUCCAUCUGGCACAAAAGGAUGGAAAUUAUAUGACUUAGAGCAGAAAGACGUAUUCAUCUCCAGAGAUGUUACUUUUCAAGAAAAUAUAUUCCCAUAUAUGGAUAUAACAACUACAGAAACAUCAGACGUCUUACCUUCUAUUGUGCUACCUCCAUCAACUCUGACAGAGGAUCACAACGAUUCACCAUUACAAUCAGUUAUUGACGAUGCUCCGGUAUCUUCGUCACCUCCUUCAGCAAUUAAUAUUCCUCCAGAAACAGAACAUGUCGAUCCCGAGCCUGUGGUUACAGAAGUUGUACCAGAACCUUCAGGUCGAGGUCAUAGACCACGUGUUCCAUCAACACGAUAUCGAGACUACGUUAUUAAUACGGUCACUACAAUCCCUACUCAAACUCCUUCUCUCCCGUCUUCCAUACCUCAGCUAUCCUCAGGUUCGUUGUUCCCACUAUCUGCUUAUCUAUCAUAUGAUCGUAUUUCAUCAAAACAUUGCAGCUAUCUUAUUGCCCUGGCAACCAAUAUCGAACCAAAACACUUUCGCGAAGCAAUGAAACAUAAAGUUUGGCGAGAUUCAAUGAAGUCUGAGAUAGAUGCUCUUGAAAGACAACACACAUGGGAUCUUGUCGAGCUCCCAUCUAACAAAAAGGCUCUCGGAACCAAGUGGGUGUAUACAAUUAAACUUCUCUCUGACGGCACAAUCGGCCGGCACAAAUCUCGCUUGGUCGUCUUAGGAAAUAAUCAGAAAGAGGGUCUAGACUAUACCGAAACUUUUUCUCCUGUGGCCAAAAUGGUAACUGUCCGUAUAUUCUUGGAUAUCGCGGCAAAGAAAAACCAUGAAAUUCACCAGAUGGACGUCCAUAACGCAUUUCUUCAUGGAGAUCUUCAAGAAGAAGUCUAUAUUAAGGUACCUUUCGGUUUUUCUAAACCUGACGAUAAAAGGGUGUGUCGGUUACGUAAAUCUCUCUAUGGCUUAAAACAAGCUCCUCGAUGUUGGUUUGCUAAGCUAGUGGAGGCUCUUCUCGCAUACGGCUUCUCACAGACGCAUUCCGAUUACUCAUUAUUUGUCUAUACAAAGGACGCCAUCUCUCUUCGGAUUCUAGUUUACGUUGAUGAUCUUAUCAUCUCUGGGAACUCAUCACCAUCAAUCACUUCUUUCAAAUCAUACCUAUCAACAUGCUUCCAUAUGAAGGACCUCGGGCCUCUAAAAUACUUUCUUGGUUUAGAAGUGGCUCGGAGCCCCGACGGUAUUUAUCUUUGUCAACGAAAAUACACCUUGGAGAUUAUUACAGAGUGUGGCUUACUUGGGUGUAAACCAGCUGGCUCCCCUAUGGAUCAAAAUCAUCAGCUAGGACGUGCUACUGGAGACUUUCUUUCUGAUCCUGAACAAUUCCGUCGUCUCACCGGACGUCUCAUCUAUCUUCUAGCUACUCGGCCUGAUCUGGCUUAUUCAGUCCAUAUUCUUUCACAGUUCAUGCAAAAACCACGUGAGGAACAUUGGCUUGCUGCCUUAAAAACCGUUCGUUAUUUGAAAGGCACAGUCGGACAAGGUGUUCUUUUCAGGGCCGAACCUACGUUUUCUGUUACCGGCUGGUGCGAUGCUGAUUGGGGAGCAUGCCCUGCAACUCGUCGCUCGCUUUCUGGCUGGAUCAUUCAGUUUGGGACAUCUCCUAUAACUUGGAAAACAAAGAAACAAGAUGCAGUCUCACUCUCCUCUACUGAAGCCGAGUUCCGUGCGAUGAAAGCAAUCACACAAGAACUCAUCUGGAUUAAAGAUCUUCUCAACGAACUUGGGAUCGCUCACCCUGCACCAAUGUUGAUCUGUUGUGAUAAUAAAUCCGCCUUAUACAUAGGUGCUAAUCCGGUUCUACACGAAAAGACAAAGCAUAUGGGUAUUAUCUGCAAGUUUGUUCGCGAACAGAUCACUAAAGGUGUGGUCAAAACAACUUAUGUUUCAACUCAUGAUCAGCUCGCGGACAUUUUCACUAAAGCUUUGGGAAGAAGAGAGUUUGAUGCAUUUCUUCUCAAGUUAGGCAUCAAUAAUAUUCAUGCUCCAACUUGAGGGGGGGUAUUGGAGUAUAAUUCCUAGAUAACUUAGGAAUUCUACUAAUUAGUUUUAGAUAAGGUUUAUCUAUACUUUUCCUAUUUUAGCUUUGCUUACCUUGGUAUAUAAACCAAGCUUAUUCAUCAAUAAAACUCAACUUACUUUGAUCCCAAACUAGAAUUUGUCACACUCCAAACUGUUUUCUCUAUCUCUGAUCUUCGAUUCUUGUCUACGAUCCUUAACUGAU